CACGGUGUGGUUCUGCAGACAGUGAUAUUUGCUCAAUCAGAGUCUGGGUUCUACUUCACUUUGUUUGGUUCUGGCUGUUAGAGUCGUCUCACUUAUACCUCACUUAUAGUCAUGGAGCAGGAGCCAGAAACACCGGCCUCAGGGUCGCCCUUGUCAGAUAUCGACUCAGAUGAAUUUCCUGAGGACGUCAAAUUUCACCGCAGGUCGCGUUCCCAUUCACGGGACUCUACUAUCUCCGCCUCAGAUGACGAGACGGCGUCCGCUAUGAGUGCUACAGCAGCAGCUCUCGACAUGCCUCCCGCCAAACGUCGAAAGACUGGGGCUUCGAGCUACGAUCAUGCCACCCCUCAGUCAGCUUCAACCGUCAUCCCUCCUCGCUCGCCAACAGGGUCAAUAUCAAGCGACUCGUCAGGCUCGGUGCCUACCUCACCUUCGUUUGCCAACCUCGGCCCUACGCAUCCCUUGUCGACCGCAUACGCAGCUGCCCAAGCCAACCCUGAAAACCCAGAAUUGGCAGACUAUGUCCAAGUAACAAAGUGUCUAUGGGAUGGUUGCACGGAUCAGGAGCAAGGCAACAUGGACAACCUGGUUGCUCAUAUCAACGACGUUCACAUCGUGCCGCGUCAGAAGAAGUACUACUGCGAAUGGGAGGGUUGCGCGCGCAAGGGCCAGCCGCACACCAGUGCUUACGCAUUGAAAGCUCACAUGCGAAGCCAUACCAAGGAGAAGCCUUUCAUGUGUGCUCUGCCCGAGUGUGACCGCAGCUUCACUAGGUCUGAUGCCCUCGCAAAGCAUAUGCGCACAGUCCACGAGACUGAGGCCUUACGCCCGAGUGAUCCAGUGCCUAGGGGGCAUACCGGGGGCAUAUCAAAUGGAGGAUCAUCCGGCAUCCCCAUCAAAAGACUGAAGCUGACCAUGGGGGGCAAGACGAAUGGCGACAAAAAAGCUACUCUAAUCGGAGAUCUGCCCUCUCUACCGACCCGGUACACGCUUUCUAUGAUGGGAAUCAAUCCUGAUGACGUUGCGAUGGCGGACGAUGAUGGGCCAGAAGAGCUCGUUGACGCAAUUGACGUGGAUAGUGUUCCGUUGUCUCUGCCUGUUCCUGCGGACUACUAUCCGACCGAGAUUUGGGACGACAUGGACGAAUACGAGCGCAGUCUUCCUCCAUCACAAUGGUUCCGGCUCUUGCGUCGACAGAUACACUGGGCUGAACAAGAAGGCCGCGAUCUACAGCAAGAACUGGAAGAUCUACGGGCAACGACGGAAGACGCCAAGGGGAACCCGAUCAGAAGGGGUGUGGGAGACGAAAAAGGGGCCGACGAGAACAGGAGGACGGAGUGGCAGCGGUCGGAGGAGCUAUUGGACGCAGUGUUGCAGGCUGAAGUCGGACAAGUUUUGGAGAUGUUCACUGAUGAGAAGGUGAAUGAUGAUCGAAAUCCAUGGGAAAUGCUCAAAGGCUUAGAGGCGCUUACCACCACCACGACCUCGGCGGCUUCAGUGGCAUGAACGAUUGCCCAGGCGGCUCGUCGACGCACAGGUCCAUAGCACACACAAUUGGCCCGAAAUUGUACGAGAUCGUGUGAUCACGAAUUCAUCCCGGUCCCUGCGCUUAGACGGGGGUCCGAUGAUCCUUUUCCGCUGCGAGGUUCUUUCCACUCCAAGUAACUAUUUUUUGACAAAUCCGAAUACGUGAGAUGCUAUUUGAGGGAAGACUUGGGGGACGCUACGGUUGGCAACGGGUAAUCUCGAGUUCAGCUUGUUGAAGCGCAUCUAGCAAGGCGAGGACCGCACCAUUGGGGUUGAAGCAGGAUGCAAAGAUCCAGCAUCACCGAGUAUUCCCGGAAAGCCUGGUCGUCUGGGACAGAGGGUACCGCUACGGAAGCUGAAGCACACACUCAAACGCACACACCCUCUCCUCUCAUGGGUCGGCAAAAAUCAAUCAAACCAGAUCGCAUUCAACCUUUGCCAAGAGGGUCUGUUCCACCCACAGACAGGGCUCAAUGCUGCCGAACAAGAUAGACCUGGUCGAUCCUCGGAGCGCUUUUUGUCAGCCAGAGACCACACGACUUCUUCUCAUUCGUUCUUGGUCUGUCGACGGGAAAAGGUUAGAGAGUGAGAACUUGUUCCCACGGGUCCCCCCGGUGACGGUGACGGUGACGUGCUCUGAUCUGGCAAAAGGGUUUCCAAGCAAG